AUGAGCGGUAUCAACGCACUCGCGUUCUAUCAGACCACCAUCUACAAGCGGUAUCUUGGUCUAGGAGCCACAAUCGCGCGCAUCCUGAGCGCUAGCGUCUUUACUUUCCAGACCUGUUGCGCACCGAUUGGCGUCCUCUUGGUAGACAGAGUUGGCAGGCGCAAGCUGAUGAUGGUGUCAGCACUAGGCAUGGGUUCGUGUAUGGCCAUUGUGGCCGGGACUACAUCACAAAAAGACCACGUGGCUUGUGUCGGUGUUGCUGUGGCUUUCAUAUUCCUCUUCAGUCUCUUCUUCCCCGUCGGCUUUCUCGGCUUGACCUUCCUUUACGCCAGCGAGAUCAGCCCGCUAAUGGCUCGAGUCCCGAUCACCGCGAUGAGUACAGGUAGCGCCUGGAUCUUCAACUUUCUUGUGGCGGAGAUUACACCAGUAGCUUUUGCAACGAUUGGCUGGCGCUACUACAUUGUUUAUGCAUGCACAAACCUGUUUAUGAUCUUGCCCAGUGUCUACCUAUUCUUCCCCGAAACGAACAAUCUUCACUUGGAGGAAGUUGAUCAGAUCUUUCGCGACAGCAAAAACUGUCUGUCGCCAGUCAAGGUUGCAGCUGGAAUCGUUGCAGCUAGGCUCCAAGACGAUGUUCACGCUCCCAGACAUACAGAUAAUGAGGAUUCAAACUUGAGUAGCUCGAAAUGGUCCGCACAAGGCUACGAAUUCCACGUCGAAUCCAUCCUCUGCGAGAGCGUCUGUCAGACGUUGGCGGAAAUCAUGCCAUUCAUCAUCCAAGGUGCGAUCAUACACCCACCGCCAGUCGUGUGGGACGUGAUCUCCUCGCCAUAA